CAGUAAACAUUACACUCACACGUUCCAAAAUAAUAAAGACAUCUCACUUUUCCCCUCUCACUGUCACUCAAUCCACAGCUAAAUGGGUGAGAAACAACUCAUACUGACAGAUCCAUUAAUCAGAAAGCAUUGGGAAACCUCACAAGAGCUCAGAAGAACAGGUUUCUGGCUGUGACUUGAAGGAAAGGSCUUGGAAAUCUCCCCAUUCUUUACUCUAAACACUGAAAUAUCUGAAGUAGCUAAGACUGUAAAUGAGAAAAAUAUGAGAUGAGGAUAGGUAGCCUAACUGACAAGUACGUGGCAGAUUGUUGCUGAAUUAGAGCCAAGUGUUGAAGAUCAGAUCGAGAAUUGAACUAAUUCAAUCUCCAGCUAAUUUGUGCAGCUCAACUGCUUUGUAGACCGGGAGCAAUCCGCAGUUGCUAUGACUACACGUAACUAAGGAGAUUUGUUGACAUUGGCAACCGGACGUUCUUGGCAGCUGUCCCCCACGUAACCUAGUUACCAAACAUUUUGCCUUUUUAUAGAAAGUAUUUACUUUUCAUUGAGACACGCUUUAUACAUGCAAUGGACUCCAAUACCUUAUACUACUCCUUGGACCUCGUUUCUGGUAGCGGUUUAACUUUGAGCAGUGAGCAAAAAGCUGCCCUGCAGACUUCCCUGGUCAUUCUGAAGAGGAACAACAAAUUCAAUCGUGUCCUGUUUUGGGGCAAGAUUCUGGGCAUAAAGGGUGACUAUUUCAUUGCACAAGGGGUUUCAGAAGAUGAGAUGACGGAUAAAAAUAGCCUUUACAGUUUCAACUGUGUGGACUGGCACUUGCUUCCCCCUGCCACUGAGGCAAUGCUAGCGGAAGUGUCUGCUGCAGCAAAGGGUCGCUUCGUGGGAGACCCCUCACAUGAGUAUGAGCACACCGAGAUACGGCGGCAAGGGGAGGGGGACGAGGCUGUGGAGGAGGAAGUCAUGAUUAAGGUGAAAGAGGAGAAGAGGCUGGCCUCCACUGUCCACACCAUUGAUAAGGAGGUGUCUGUGGUCCCACGCGGUGCCUUCAUCAAGAGUCCCCAUGGCCUGGUGCAGACCAACCGCAGCUUUGAGGGUCUGUCCUCAUUGGAGGCGGGUAAACUCAGCUACUUCCUGCACUUCACUGAGCCGCAGAAACUGAAGAAGAAAUCCAUCCUGGAGAUGGCUGACCUCAACCGCUCCAUCGACUUCCUGGAUCCUUUGAGUGAGGAUAUCCCCAAAGGGUCGUGGAGCUUGCAGUUUGAGCGUGGCAGCACAGUGUGUGUGAUCCGUAGCAUGCUGUGGCUGGGCCUGACCUCGUUCCACGUACCCAUGACCCCCCAGCACGGAUACAUCUACAUGGGCGACGGACUGAAGAACUUGGACCUGCCCUUCAUGCUUUAAAGAGCCAGUGAGAUCCAGAGCUGGAGCCAACACCUACCACUUAUCUAAACUGAGAAUCAUCAUAAACCUCUCAUCUGAGCAAGCAGUGUUCUAUCCCCACCCAAAACAGUUCUAUUUAUGCAAGAGAUGUUUCUUUACUGUUAUUUAAAGUAAAUAAACAAACUAAAAUCAUUAA